CACCCUCCUCCCCCUUCCCCACGGUCAGCGGGUCGCCGCUCCGCUCCCCUCCGCCUCUUUAACGGUGGCUGGGGCCUCCCCCGCGCCGGGAUUGGAUGCGAGAGAACGGGGUGGGCACGGGCGGGGACCCCAGAAGCCCAGGUUCCAGCUCUGGAGGAGAGCGCCCCGCAGUGCAGACCCCGUGGCCGGCGGACAGCGCGGUGGAGGCGGCAGCGCCGCGCGCCAGGAUGUUUGACAGCUCGCAGUACCCCUAUAACUGCUUCAACUACGACGCCGACGACUACCCCGCGGGCAGCUCCGACGAGGAAAAGCGGCUCACGCGGCCGGCGUACAGCUACAUCGCGCUGAUCGCCAUGGCCAUUCAGCAGAGCCCCGCGGGCAGGGUGACCCUGUCCGGCAUCUACGACUUCAUCAUGCGCAGGUUCCCCUACUACCGCGCCAACCAGCGCGCCUGGCAGAACUCCAUCCGCCACAACCUGUCCCUCAACAGCUGCUUCAUCAAAGUGCCGAGGACCGAGGGCCAGGGGAAGGGGAAGGGCAACUACUGGACGUUCGCCGGUGGCUGCGAGUCGCUGCUGGACCUCUUUGAAGACGGCAACUACCGGCGGCGCCGGCGCCGGCGCGGAGCCAAGCGUGAGGGGGCGACAGGGGGGUGCACCCAGGGUCCCCUUGGUCCGCAGGAGCAGGCCAUUGCCACGGGGUCCCCCGCCCUCCGCCAGGAGCCGCCGCCCCCCGCCAGCCCCGCCGCCCUGGGCAAGGAGCCGCACAAGGACAUCAAGUUCAGCAUCGACUACAUCCUCUCCUCCCCGGACCCCUGUCCUGGGCCCCGGUUGCCGCCCAGUGGGCAGGAGGCCCAGCAGGUGAACCUGCACUUUUGGGCGAUGUGAGGGGUGCCGAGGCUGUCUGCUCCUUGAGGGGCCGGCACCCACACGGUCGGGGGUCUCCUGGGCGAUUCCAGCCUCGCGUCCGCCCGAGAAGCUGGGUUUGCAGCGCUGGACAAACCUGCAGCUCACGCCCAGUCUGGGACCCGCCUGGCUGGAGGGGAAGCCGGUCUGUGGCCGGCGGCAGCUCGCCCUUUCAGGACGGGGCGCCCGUGCAGGACACCCCACCGGCUGCCUGCCUCACUGGGGGUUUUCGGGGAAGUCCUGCACGGGGACCGAGAGCACAGGGUCAUUGUCACCGACAGCCACGCCCUGGAGCCGCCUGUGUGUGCCGGGACAGCUAGGGACACUGGUGGGCCUCUUCCUCGCAGGUGGAAGUGGCCAUGAAGUGCCAACGCGGAAGGCAG